AGUAAAAGUGCAAAAAAGAAGUAUUUUUGCAAAAACAGACCUUUGUUUGUAUUUCUGAUGGAUAUUGGAUUUUUAAAGCGCGGAGCCUUGCCACUAAGUUUUCAUGCAAACCUAAAUCCCCGAACGACUUCCAUCGGGUAUGUAAAAGUAUUGGAGAGAAAAGCUCCAGAUGAAGUAUGACGUCAUAUCUGAGACGAGCUUCGUCAUUGCUUUAGCGUAGCUUGCUACUCCAUGUAAGCAGCAACUCUGAGGUCGAAUGGCGCUCCCGGGGUUGAAUUCGGCUUCUAGGUGGACUCGUUCUAAAAUCGAACUGCCACGAAAACUUCCAACGCGACUGACAGAUUUCGACGAUCAUGAUGUGACAAGUACAGUGACACCUAAAGAUGCUCGCAACAGUGUCCAGGCAUUGGAGGGGCGUGUCCCUAAUUAUCUACUGCUGGUGUCUCUAUUAGAACACCUCUGCUCCCUCUACGAGAAUGAUCCAGAGAAAAGCCAGCAAAUAUUUAGUGUUCUGUGUCAACAGUUAGCUAAAAUGGAGGUAAUGCCAUCCUUUUCAUUCUUGGAAGAGUUCAGCGUCAUCAGAGCCAAAUACAAAAAGGCCUUCAGUGACCUCAUGCAGGCUGCUGUACAAGAGAUCGGCACAGACUUCGAGGGUAUUCAGCAUCCACAUCCAGAUAGACCAAUAUCUAGCUUUACAGGGAAUCUGCAGUUUGGCUCUUCUAAAAGAUCUUUUGGCAAGAUGAGAGAUCUACUGCCUGGUGGUACCUCAAGAUACAAGGAUGAGUUUGUGGAGAUGGGACGUCUCGGAAAAGGGGGAUUUGGUAGCGUACUUAAGGUAAAAAACAAAUUGGAUGGUCGUGAAUAUGCAGUGAAGAAGGUUCUUCUCAAGGAGACGGAUCCAGGGCUUUGUCUCAAGAUCCUGCGUGAGGUUAAGGUGCUGGCAAGACUGAACCAUGUGAAUGUUGUUGGUUAUCACUCUGCCUGGUUGGAGUAUGUAACAACACAGAAUUCAUCUGCUCUACCAAGAGUUGCCACUCAGCCUGUUAGUUUGAAGGAACUAGAUGAAAUCUCGUCAAGAAGUGGUGCCUACAGAGUUGGAGAGACGAGCCACAGUAACAGCAUUAUAUUCGAGAACUCAUCUCAGAGUGGAAGAGAUGCUUCCAACAGCAGCAUCAUAUUUUCUGUUGGAGAAGAAGAUGGCUUUACAGCCAGACGGCAGUCUACCCCUGUCGAUAGUUUACGAAUGCGCAAAAUCCCAUCGACUUCAUUCCUCAAGAAUAGUAUCAGCUCCAGUCGCAAUAGUAUCGCUCCAUACCCUUACAGCCAAUCAGGAACUAAAGGGUAUCAAUCCAGCCAAUCAGGUGUCAGGAAAUCAGCCUCGAGUAACAGCCUGGUUUCUUUGUCUGGGAACGACAAAAGCGAGUCUCCGAGCACGCAAGUGGCUGGAAAAAAGACUUUGGGGAUGAUGCUUUUUAUUCAGAUGCAAUUGUGUACGACCACACUUUGUGACUGGCUCCAGUCCAGAAACUUUAAAGGUGGUAAUGUUGAUACUGUUGCAAGCAUGGCCAUAUUCAGACAAAUUGUGGAAGGCGUCCGCUAUAUACACUCCCAGGGGCUUAUGCACAGGGAUCUUAAACCGCGCAACAUCUUUCUGCAAAGUCUUACGCGCCGUGAUGAACAAACCACUGCGCCUCUUCAGGUCAAGAUUGGGGACUUUGGACUGGCAAGGAAGGACGCAGUGCUCUACCCCGACACUAGCAGUCCGCUGGCCAGCCUUAUAGAACCGCUUUCUCACCACAACCCCUUCUUGCCAGCUCCAGGGCUUUCGACAAAAGAUGCCCCCACCUGUGGGGUGGGAACUUGCACUUACGCGGCUCCCGAGCAGCUACGAAACACCGACUACGCCAAUAAGGCAGACAUGUACAGUCUUGGUAUAAUACUGUUCGAGUUGUACUGGCCGUUUGGCACUGAAAUGGAGCGAGUUACGUCUAUCAAGAACUUAAGACAGGGAAACCUAUCCAAAGCGUUCAGCCAUAGAUGGCCGGCUGAGAGUGAGUUGAUACUCCUGUUGGUGGCUACCAACCCCGCUGAUCGUCCAAGCGCUGAAGUCGUCCUCACGAUGGAUUUCGUCAAAGACAAGAGCGAGGUCUCACAGCAGCUCAGCGAGCAGCUGGAAAUGCAAUCCAAAGAAAUCGACGAGCUGAAGAACGUGAUUAUCGAGAAAGAUCUAGAACUCGAGGCGCAGGGCAGCGAGAACGAGAAACUGCAGCAAGAGCUUGCGGAGCGUAACGAACUGAUCCGCCGUCUGAUGACCAGAAGGCAGUGCCACGCGUGCGGUCAGGGCAUAGAUAUGGAGGGGGACUGGGACGGGUGUUAGGGGACUGGAACGGGCUCAUAUGAAAUGGACGUAGUUGACUCACGUAGUCUAGGACGGGUGUUUGGGUACUAGAACGGGUUGUUAAUGAAAUUAGACUUGGUGGACUUUAGAGGUAAGGAACAGAGGUUGUGUAGAGAACAGGGUGGCACCAGGAGAUGACGAGCACUGGAAAGGGGAGAGGGCUUGAAUACUAAGCUAUUUUUUAGGUACAUUGUUUUUAAUGUGUGAAAUUGGAAUUGAGGUUUGUAUCUUUUUGUAAAUGAUCAUAAUAUUUAUUCUCAAAGCAAGUUUGCUCGAUAUACAGUUAUUAUUUCUGUGAAAAAGAACCUACAAGCAAAUAACAUGCUCAAAUAGAGUGUGAAAUUUAUAUACGUUUUCUUAAUGUAUCUAGGAAGUUAUUGGAGUCGCUUUAUUUUAAAGGACUACUUAUUCCAGGCUGUGUGUGGUAUUUGGGGAAUUUGGAUUUAGUGUAUUGGGUAUGGAAAAAGUUAUAAAUUAAGUUGAGUACAAUUUCAAAAUGAGUCGCCCGCUGCGAUAUUGUUGGGUUCAGUUUUCUUGAAUUCGCGUUUAUCAAUAUGUAAAUACGAUUCUGAAGUUGCUAAUAAAACUUUUUCUCAUCGG